AUGGGCGCCGUGAGCCCUCCGCUGCCGUCCCCGCACCUGCACCACCAGCGCCCGGACCCGGACCACCUGCUCCGCCUGGUGGACGCGCUCUGCGCGUCCGGCCGCUCCGCGGAGGCGCACCACCGCGCGUCCCUGCUCCUCCUCUCCCCGGCGUGCCGCCUCGACGCGCGGGCCGCCGACGCGAUCCUGCGCCGCCUCCUGCGCGCCGACACGCCGCUCCUCACGCUCCGCCUCCUCCAGUUGCUGCCCACCGCGCCCUCCCUCCCCAACCGCAACCGCCUGCUCGCGCACCUCUGCCGCGCGGGGCACGUCCUCCUCGCGCACCGCCUCCUCCUCCGCAUGGGCGCGGCUCCGGACUCCGUGUCCUACGCCGCGCUCCUCGACGGGUACGCGCGGGUGCCCGACCCUCGCGCCGCGCGGACGCUGCUCGACGAAAUGCCCGAACGCGGGGUGGCGCCCACCUCCCUCGCGCGCUCGUUCCUCGCCAAGGCGCUCCUCCGCGCCCGCGACGUCGGCGCGGCGAUGGAGCUCGUCGACACCGCCCUCUGGCCGCCCAGCACGGCGGGCGGAGAUCGGCUCGUUGAUGGCAGGGAGGACCAGGAGAUCACCAACGCCGCUUUCGCCAACCUCGUGCAGUGCCUCUGCGCCGAGGGGUUCUUCCAUGUCGUGUUCCGGGUCGCCGAGGAGAUGCCGCAGCGGCGGUGCGGGGUGGGCGACGACUUUGCGUACGCGCAGAUGAUCGACUCGCUGUGCCGGGCCGGGCAGCACCACGGCGCGUCCAGGAUCGUCUACAUCAUGAGGAAGAGAGGGAUGCGCCCGAGCGACGUCUCCUACAACUGCAUUGUUCACGGGCUGUGCACCAGCCCCAAGCCCGGCGCCUGCCUAAGAGCGCACCAGCUGGUGAUGGAAGGCACGAGUUUCGGGUACCGCCCGAGGGAGGUGACGUACAAGGUGCUCGUGGACGAGCUGUGCCGGGAGAAUGAGCUCGCCAAGGCCAAGGAUGUCCUGGAACUGAUGCUGCAGCCAACCGUUCGGUGUGGCCAGGACAGUAGUGGAGAUGCGGGUGAGGAGACCAGGGCAAGGCUAUACAAUGUGUUUCUUGGGGCACUGGGUGAGGAGACCAGGACAAGGAUAUACAAUGUGUUUCUUGGGGCACUGCGUGUUGUGGACAACCCGAGCGAGCAGCUUGGCGUGCUUGUGUCCAUGCUGCAGGCUGGAUGCAAACCGGAUGUGAUCACCAUGAACACUGUCAUCCAUGGCUUCUGCAAGUCUGGGAGGACCCAGGAGGCAAGGAGGAUCAUGGACGACAUGCUUAGUGGGAAGUUUUGUGCUCCUGAUGUUGUCACCUUCACCACACUCAUAUCUGGAUACCUGGGUGCAGGUGAUCAUGCAGAGGCCCUUGAAGUGCUGCACUCUUUGAUGCCUAGGCGUCGGUGCUCCCCAACUGUUGUUACUUACAACUGUGUCCUCAAGGGAUUGUUUGGCAUUGGGCAAGUUGAUACAGCAAUGCAGGUGCUUGAGGAAAUGAGUGCCAAUAAGAUCUCUGCUGAUUCUGUGACUCAUACUGUUGUGAUCAAAGGGCUCUGUGAUGCAGCGCUGCUCGAGAAGGCAAAGGAAUUCUGGGACAAUGUCGUCUGGCCGUCAGGGAUACAUGAUAACUAUGUAUACAGUGCAAUCUUCAGAGGUCUCUGCAAACAGAGCAAACUGGAACAGGCGUGUGAUUUCAUGUAUGAGUUGGUGGAUUGUGGGGUUGCUCCCAGUGUAGUGUGCUACAACAUACUCAUAGACGCUGCCUGCAAGCAGGGAUCGAAUAAGCUAGCAUACCAGUUAGUUAAGGAGGUGAAAAGAAAUGGACUAGCACCUGAUGCUGUUACUUGGAGGAUUCUUAGCAAACUGCGUCACUAUGAUGAGGAAGACCAAGAAGGGAACCAGCAUCAAACGUUUGAUGUGGAUCGAAUUUCUACAGAAGACAGAAUGGAGCCUCUCGUCUUGACUAAAGAUAUGAUGCCUUUGCUGCCAUCAUCUGAAAAUUUUCAUGAAGUUAAUGAGGAUAAUAACCCUGCUGAGACUGAGGAAGAGAUUGGUUAUUUACCAGAUAUGGCUAGUAAAUCUGAAGCCGAGGAGGUUGGGUACUCAACAAAAAUGACAGUGGAGGAAGCACCAGAUAAUACUAAAGCAACCAAAGAACAUGGAAAUUGUCUGAUGGAUAAUCCAACAAGGGGAACAACAAUUGACAAGGGUGAUAUAACUUGGGGAGAUGGCCUUGAGAACUUAGAUAAUCAACCUUCAGUAAGAAAGCCACUCUCUACAGUGGCAAAAAAGGUGUUUGGGCUACUGUAG